CGCUCAGGUCGAGGUCUUCAAGGUGAGGACACUUUUGGAGCGUGGAGACAUUCUCAGAGUGUUUGGGACAUGUGGACACCUGGACAAAUCUUAGAAAUUUAGAAAAGAUAUUGGAUUAUGUUAGCAAAGUGAGUAAAGCUUUGAGCAGAGAGGACUUCUGUGGUAGCAGAGACAUUUUCAGAAGGAGCGUAGAGUGAGGACAUUUUGAAAACUGAGGACAGCGAUGACAAUUUUCUGUGGUGAAGUGAGGACACUUGGCAAGUGUUUUAAAAAGUGACAGCCAGUGUCAAUACUUUUGAAUCAAUUAUCAAACAUUGUGGCAAUAAUGACUUCAUUUGAUGGUUGCUGUGCUUGUCAGCCUUGCUUGGCAUCCGUGUCUUCCUGACUGUCUCUUGAACCCAGAUGAAAGGGAAGUGGUGGUUUGGGAAGGCCAGAAACAGAGUGGAAGUCAUUGUGGUCACAGUCCUGUACAUACUGAGGUUCUUACUUUACAUGAUGUGACAGAAACCUCACACACACACACACACACACACACACACACAUAAUGCUUAACAGAAGAGAUGAUCAAACUCACAAAAUAAAUAACAUUUUUUAAAUUAAUUACUGUUUGAUUAAACAUCUGAUUCUAAUGCUGUUUCUUUUUAAAAUACAUUCAAGAAUUGCCCUUCAGGGAUAAAUAAAGGAAUUUCUGAUUCUGAUUCUGAAAUGGAUAGAAGGAGUCCAAAAAUGUACCAAAGUGAAUCUGCUGUACUUUUCUUUGCGCUCUCUCGUUUGCAGAGGCACAAACAGAUUUGAGUCUGAAAGUAAAUUUUCAUGCUCACUACCUCUUUUCACACUUGACUUCAUCUGUCCCCUCACUUCCUCUCCGUUCAGUCACAAAGACACUCUGCAACACGUCCCUCUAAAUCUGGAGCUUCACAGGCUUUUUACCUUCGUUAUCAGGACUCGGCUCACGUCAGGGUUUAAAAGAACUGGUGGGAAGCCUGAAACCAGAAGUGUGGAUGAUGUUCUAGCAGCAGGAAUGGCACUAAGGCGCACUUUGGUUUCAUUUCUGAAAGCCUUCAGCACAAGAGCUUUUCCAUGCAGUAUGGGACUGCUGGCAAACCUUUCCUUCACCCUCCUCCUCCUCCUCAUCAUCUGUGAGGGUCAGAGGUCACAUCCUGAUGGGGAGAGGCCGUCCUGCGACCGCUGUGACCUCCAGCUCACCUGUAACUGCUCCUAUGGAGGAUUCACCCAUGUUCCCACGGUAACAGAAGAUGCUCUGGCUCUCGAUCUCUCCUUCAACAACAUCACGGUGGUGACGGCUGACGAUCUGACAGGCCACAGACAGCUGAGGGCUCUGAGGCUCCACAGUAACAGACUAUCUGUGGUCCAGCCGUCAGCGUUUGAUUCUCUGUGGAGCCUGGAGGAGCUCGAUCUGUCCGACAAUCAGCUGGCUGCUCUCGAUCACAGAUGGUUCAGGAAGCUCGGAGCACUAAAGUAUCUCAACCUUCUCAACAACCCAUACAGCUGUCUGGGCUCUCAUCCAAUGUUCCAGAAUCUGGUCUGGUUGAGGAGGCUGUGGUUUGGAGGUCCUGCUCUGGAGGAGUUGAAGAAAGGUGAUCUGUCCGGAGUCACUCAGCUGGAGGAGCUCACUGUGCACGCCAACAACCUGAAGAGGUACGAGUCCGGUACUCUGGCAGACGUUUGGCCGCUGGGUCGUGUCACUCUGAGCCUCCACAGUCCAUUUUUAACAAACGAGACCUUAGCCUCAGAUGUGCUGCGUGAUGUGUCUUACCCUGAGACGCCUAUCAUUCUGAAAGACAUCCACAUGACUGGGAAUGCGUCUGUUCAGCCCAUUAGAGAGCCAGCCAAGCGGAGAGUCAGGCACAUGACCUUCCGCAAUUUUUCUGUGUCCGAUGAGGCCAUCGUUAACUUUCUGAAGGUGUAUGAUAAAGAGCCACUCACCUCCUUUGUGGUGGACGGCAUCGUGCUGACGGGCGAGGGCAGGUGGGAGAAAGCCAGCUGGACCGAUCACAAAAGCAUUGAUGAGUUCUUCUUACAAAACAUCGUGGUACUGGAUAUCUACAAGUUUGUCUCGUUUCUGCAGCUGGGAUUUCUUCUGCAGUAUCCCAGGAAGGUGUCCGUCAUAAACGCCAAGGUGUUUGUGAUGCCUUGUGACACCUCCCACCUGCUAAAGAACCUGCAGUACCUGGACCUGUCUGACAACCUGCUGACGGACAUGACUCUGUCUGAGUCGCUGUGUGAUGGAGACAGCCCUCUGAAGGACCUCAGAGUUUUAAACAUCAGCGGAAACGCUCUGAAGUCCUUCUCCACUGUGAGCCACCUCGUAACAAAGCUCUCCAAGCUGACCCACCUGGACAUCAGCAGGAAUGGAUACAUUUCCAUGCCCCAGAGCUGCUCCUGGCCCUCCACUCUGCGAUACCUCAACAUCUCCAGGGCUAAGUUUACAACCAUCACUGCCUGUCUACCCACAACUCUGGAGGUUCUAGAUUUGAGCAACAAUGAUCUCAACGACUUCAUGCUGCUCCUGCCUGCCCUGACAGAGCUCCACCUCUCCGGGAACAAGUUCCUUCAGCUGCCCCCGGGAUGGCUGUUCCCCAAUCUGCAAACACUGACAAUACAGUCAAACACCUUGAACAUGUUUGGCCCUUCAGAUCUCCAGUCAUACAAACGACUGCAAAGCCUCCAGGCGGGUCAGAACAAAUUUGUCUGCUCCUGUGACUUUGUCGACUUCUACCAGUCAGGCUUUAAAGGAGGUGGAGACAUACAUUUGACAGAUAGAGAGGAGAGCUACAUCUGUGAUUCUCCUCUCGACGUGCAGGGGGAGCUGGUGGGUCAAGUCCGCCUCUCCGCUGUCGAGUGCCACCUUGUUUUGGUUGUGUCCGUAAGCUGUGGAGUGGCAUUGUUGAUGGCCAUUGCGCUGUGUGUGCUGCUGUGGCGCCUCCAUGUCCUCUGGUACAUCAAGAUGAUGUGGGCGUGGCUGAAGGCCAAGCGCAGCUCCCGCCAGCGACGACGCAGAGAUAGAGACGGUUCGGAAGCAUUGCUAUCUUUUGACGCCUUUGUGUCCUACAGCGAGAGGGAUGCAGGUUGGGUGGAAAACUUCUUGGUGCCCGAACUGGAGGAGCCAAGGGAGAAUGAUGGGGACUCUGUGAAUCACAGCACACCCCGGCCUCUGACCCUGUGCCUCCACAAGAGGGACUUCCUUCCUGGACACUGGAUUGUGGACAACAUCAUGGGCGCCAUGGAGCGCAGCCGGCGGACCAUCUUCGUCCUCUCUGAGAAUUUUGUCCAGUCUGACUGGUGCCGCUACGAGCUGGACUUCUCCCACUUCUGGCUUUUUGAUGGGAAUGCUGGCGGAGACCCGGCCAUCCUGAUCCUGCUAGAACCACUUUCUAAGGACGACAUCCCCAAACGCUUCUGCAAACUGCGCAAACUCAUGAGCUCCACCACCUACCUGGAGUGGCCUCAGGAGGAGGAGAGGAUUGGAGAGUUCUGGAGGACUCUCCGCAAAGCUUUGAGAGGAGAAGAAGAGGAGUAUGACUGAGAGGGAAAGAGGAGUGAACAGGGUCAAAGGGAAGAAAAAUUAGAAGAACUGGAAGUAAAUAAAUAAGAAUAAGAAGUGAACAAGAAAUGAAGGAGCACUUCACUGUGAAAGAUCCGAUGGACAAGAUGAGAUGUGAAAGAAGGCAGAGGAGAACGUAGAUGAAGCAAGACUGAAUGUCACAUAUGAUCAAAAUGUGACUUUAUGACUUCCAGAAACCCACAAGCAGACAGGUUGCUUUUGAAAUGAGCAGUUUGUGUCACCUCUCAUUUGAUCACCAUAAAUGUAAAUGUUUUUUCUUUGUUUUGUCACAGGAAAGCUUAGCACGACUCUGGUUUCCUCCAGCCUUUAAAUAAGUACUUUCAUCGGCUCAAAUCAUAUUUUGUGUUUAAUGCUAAAUAAAAAAAAGGUACAUACAAGUAUGUCAGGUACAACA